AUGCGUAUUCAAUCGAGUGUCGCUUUUGGCCUUUGGGCUGGCGCUGCCACAGCUGCCCAGUCUCCUUGCGGCACCUCACCUUCCAGCCACGCUUUGAGGGCUGUAACUGAGAACCUCAAGGGAGACUUGGAGAUUCGAGGAGGGAGAAAACAUGUCACCAUCAAUACAUACGUUCAUGUUAUUGGAGCAAGUGACAAGGAGGAAGAUGGAUACAUCACUGAUGAAACCGUAAAGGGCCAGAUCGAUCUGCUCAACAAGAGCUACAAGCCUUGGGACUUUUCUUUCAAAUUGAUCGAGACCACCAGGUCUAUCAAUGAGUCUUGGGCCGACAAUCCCGGAGGCAGCCCCGUGGAGGACCCCACUGAGCCUGACUUCAGAGCGGCCCUUCGGAAGGGAAGCUACAAGGAUUUAAAUCUCUUUUAUAUCAAGGACAUGGUCCCUGGUGGAAAAUGCGAGCUGCCGAUCCCUAACCCCACUAGCCAAGACAUUGUCAACGACGGUUGCCUCAUGAAAUCUGAAAACCCUGGUCAACUUCCCCCAACGUAUGGUUUUGUCACUGUCCAUGAAGUUGGCCACUGGCUUGGUCUUGAGCACACGUUUGAGAAUGGCUGUGAGGAGCCAGGAGACGGGGUUGACGAUACUCCCGCCGAGGCGUAUCCAGUUGCCGAUGGGGACUGUCCCGAGCCAGGUCGCGAUACUUGCCCUGAUCAGCCGGGCCUGGACCCAGUGGACAACUUCAUGACCUACAUUAGCCCUGAUUGCGGUCCCCAGAGGUUCACACCUGGACAAGCCAAGCGAAUGCAUAGUCUUUGGAAGAAGCUGCGCGCAAAUUGCAAACCCAAGGCUUAA